AUGAGUCGCGUCUCUGACCCUCGUCUCCAGCCAGAACUGUCAGAGCUGCUCCUCUUUCUCCUUUUAUCUUCGUCCCUGAAUUGGUGCUCCUCUCCCCAUAGCGAAAGACGCUUCAAGUUUUCUGGAAGUUCAGCUCCCAGUGUCACUAUGGCAGGUGUGAAUGGAACCAGUAAAGGCAAGAAAGAUGACAAUGGCAUUGGAACAGCCAUUGAUUUUAUGCUUUCUAAUGCUAAACUUGUGCUUGGUGUGGGAGGAGCGGCCAUGCUUGGUAUUGCCACACUUGCCGUCAAAAGAAUGUAUGAUCGUGCUAGUGUUCCCACGAGUCCUACAAAGAUGGAAAAAACAGGAAAGAGGAGUUGGGAGGAGCCAGCCUGGAUGGGUUCUUCACCUCGAGUCUUAAACCAUGACAUGAAGGCCACAGUGAGCCGCUCCUUACAGUCUCUGCCGACAUCUGCACAUUCUUUUCAGCCAGACUGUCUGCGAAGAGCAGUUGGUCGGGCUACAAUGGGUGCGCCUGGGACCACUGAGGCAGAUCUACUUCGAGCACGGAUGCGCCUUUCACUACAAGAGCGUCUUUGGGAAUUCUACCAAAGAUCAGUGAGUAUCCCCUGUGAGGAGCAAGCUACAGCCAAGAGAGCGGCUCUUGACAUCUGCGCGGAGCUCAGAGUGUUUCUUCAAGCCAAGUUGCCUGAUAUGCCACUGAGAGAGAUGUACCUCAGUGGCAGCCUGUAUGACGACCUGCAGGUUGUAACAGCUGAUCAUGCUCAGCUGAUGGUGCCUCUUGUCUUGGAGAAGAAUCUGUGGUCCUCAAUCCCAGACCCAGAGGAGCUUUUGAGAACUUCCCUGCAAGCCCCUCCCUGA